CCUUAUCCUGUUGGGAGGGAAGCAAAAAGAAAGGCGCAGCAUGUCCUCAGGCAGGGAAGCCCUUGGGUCACCAGCCAAGGAUUAUAGGGCUGGGAGCAGCUGGGCCCCUUCCUGUCAACGCAGCCCGAGGCAACCCCACCAGCGUGCCCCAGGCCAGCAACACUCGGGUGCACUGCACCCUGAUGCCAACACGUUCCUGCCCUGGACACCUGGGACCUCCCAGUCCCCGCACCCAGAGGAAGCCUCUGUGAGGGAAUUAGCCAGGAAAUGAGAAGGCAGCAUCCAGGACAACAGCCACCCAGCCCAUGUUGUUAGCUGGGAUGUUUUCCAUUCACCUCAUGAGCAGCUUUGAAAAUUGCCACUUCCGCAGAAGCCACCUGUGGGCCUGGGGCAGGUCAGGGCCAGUAUAAAAGCCAGCGCAGCUCCUCGCUCUCUCAUCCACUUCUCUCUCCUCGUUCUCCUUGGGAACCAGGUGAGUCCGAAGCGCUUUCGCCAUGUCCUUCUGUGGCCACGCAGAUGCGUGAUCCUCCACCUGAUGCUGGGUUGUGGUGCUGCUUGUCAUGGGAGGGGGAGAAGGGCAAAGGCCUAGCGCUUGGCUGAGGGAGCUGUUACUUGAAGAGAUAGGCAGCAGCUCGGCUGGGCAUGGUGGUACUUUGCCAAACUGUGUCUGGAUGAGGCCAUGAAACUCCUCUGCUCAGUUUCUACCCCGCAGCUCAGCAGCUGUCUUUGAAGAGCUCACAGUGGGGUGAUGGACUCGUGGCAGACUGCUCCUCACCUGUCCCUGUGCUCUGCUUCCUCCCUCCAGGUGCACCUCCAGCCCCAAGCCAUGUCCUGCUGCAACCCGUGCAUGCCCUGCCGGCCCUGCGGCCCGACCCCGCUGGCCAACAGCUGCAACGAGCCCUGUGUCAGGCAGUGCCAGAACUCCACCGUCGUCAUCGAGCCCUCCCCCGUGGUGGUGACCCUGCCCGGCCCCAUCCUCAGCUCCUUCCCGCAGAACACCGUUGUGGGCUCCUCCACCUCCGCUGCUGUUGGCAGCAUCCUCAGCUGUGAGGGAGUGCCCAUCAACUCCGGGGGCUUUGACCUCUCCUGCAUCACCAGCCGCUACUGCGGCAGCAGGUGUCGCCCCUGCUAAAGCCACUGGUGACAACCCGGACAAGGACCCCCAGGAAUCCAGACCUAGACUGAGGACAGAGCUCCUGGCCCUUGACUUCAGAGAUGCUGAGCAUGAGCUGGGGUCUCUGAAACAUGGCCAAAGUCUG